UCACUGUCUCUUAUGAGCCUCCAUAAAUCAAUGUGAUUCCUGAGAGUUUUCAUGGAGCACUGCGGGACUAAAACACUUCAUCUUUAUUUAUAGCCUACCUCAUGGGAUGCCAUAAAACGUUCACAAGAAAUAGCUGAUUUUGUGUACAUCUGCCUGUGAUCCAUUAGCCUACAGUACUUUCUAGUUUAGUGAAGUCUCUGUGGCUUUUGCACAGAGAAAACACCGAAGUCAAUUUGUAGCUGCUACGGAUGCUACAUGUAACCCAGGAGACUGUCUAAAUGUAGUGUUUUCAACAUCUGGUGCGAGCUAGUUUUUAUUUUAAUGCUAAAGCUGCAUGACGCUCAUCCUCAAAUCAUCGGGAGCGUGCAACAUCCGGCGGACCGUGCGCGUUCACUUGUCGCGAGGGGCGGGAGAGCAGAAAGAGAUAGUGAGAGAGGAGGUGGGGGUAAAGAUAGGGCUAUGAAAAUGAUGGCGACCGAUGCAGAGGAGAUAAGCAUCCAAACAAACCCCUGUCCCGUCCCCGACAACAGUCUCAGCACUUUGUCUAUCAAAAUUACGCGGAAAAACCAGGACAGACACUGGAGGCUGCGGUUUAUUUACCUGCAGUGCUAUUUCUUGACCAUUGCAACAAUACUGGGCACUGGAAUUUUAGGGCUCCCAGUAACGAUAGCUCAUGCUGGACUGUUGCCUUUCCUCAUCUCCUUUGUCAUUGGCUUCUUUGUCCAGGCCUUGCUUAUCUACCUGUUUGUGGAACUUCUGCAGAGAUGUCAGGUGGUGCAGCUGGAAUCUUUAAAGACUGGGGUCGCAGAGUGUAUUGUGAUGGAUCAAGUGGGCAUGGAGGACCCAGCCCCCACAGAGGAAGAAGAUGAGGAUGAAGCUGACAGUGCAGAAGCAGAUACAGGUUUACUGCAGCCGGGUGCAGUAAACCUGCAGAGCCAGGCUGAGAGCCUGCAGCCCAACCUUCAUCUGCUCGGCCACCUCUUCCUCUCCCGGCCUAUGAGCCACGCCUUCAACUGCAUCCUUCUCUUCCAGUUUAUUUCUAUUGGAAUUAGUUAUGUCUUAGCUGGCAGUGAGGCCUACGCAGCUCUUUUUCAUGUCAGCCACAUCUAUGUGAUCCCGGCCUUCACCUGGAUUCUAACUCUCGCUAUCUUACUGGCCCACACAAUCAUUCAGCCAGUCACUUCAAUGCUCACCCUGCUGAAAGGAAUCCUGCUCGUUGUCACAGUGGCUGUGACAUUUGCGGUGGGGUCAGAGGUCGGCCUUCAGAGCAGCAGUGACUUCAGUCAGAUGGGGAAACCUUUCCUAAUGGGCACAGUAGCUCUGGGAGGGAUUGUAAACGUGAUGCCUCUGCUUUUCUCACAGAUCUCACACAACAAAACACAGAUCUUGUGGUUUCGGAGAGCAGUUCUUGGAGGCUUGACAACCUGCACCGUGCUCAACAUCCUCUGGUGCUGGGCAGUGCUGGAAAUUGUCCCUCAGACGUCGUUACCGGAGAGGCGGACGGUAGAAGAGAUGACAACCCAGCAACCCAGCAGCCUGUCUGAUCCUCAUUCGUCAGUCUCCCCUCUGCUGUACUCCAACAUCUCACUAGAGGAGUCUGAGAAAGCAGGAGAAAUUGCAACCAUUCCUCUGACCAGGAUUAUUAAUGAACGUUACAGGGCGUACUCCUGGGUGGCUGAGCUGAUCCAGGUGUUUAUUGCCAUCAGCGUCACUGUCUCUUUCCUGGUGAUGGGAUCUGCCAUGAAGCACACCAUUGAUGGUCUGGUGAGCUCGUUGUGGAGCAGCAGACUGGAGUGGCUGUCUAAAGCCUGGGAGCGAAACCUGCCAAACAAACAGCACAUCUGCUCAGCUAGAAGCGUGGCGAAAGGAUUCAUGUCACUGCUUGGAUUUAGUGUCAUCUUUAUCGUGUCAGUGUGUGAUCCCAGGGGGUUUGUUGUCAUGUUGGACAAAGUUGUGUCAUUCUCCCUCAACACUGAGGUGGGACUGUUUGUCUUCAUCAUGCUGAGAGAAUCCAGAGAAGAUCGAUUCCAACACCUUUCAGUCCCUCUCCCAGUAGGUGACUGUGUUUUCAGCCUCACUUGGCUGCUCCCCACGUACUUCCUGUUUGCAGUAACCUAUGAUGUCCUGCAGACCCUGGCAGACGUGGCUCAUUACCUGCCUCUCUACAGUCACAGUCAGAGGCCAUACAACCACAGCUACAGCCUGACAGGGAGCUCAGCAUCACCCAAUCUCUCCGUCCUGCUCUGAUCUGCAAGCAGCAAGUUAAGAGAUGGACCGAUAGGACUUGAUAUUGCCAAAAAUUAGACGCUUAGCAAGUGCUUUUUAUCAUGUAUUCAAGCUUAUUAUACAAUUUGAAAACUUGAAACGCACACAUGAUUUGCUUUUGGCAGCCAUUACUGUGCUACACUUCAGCGUGGUCAGUAAUGGAAAUUCUUGUGCAGGGAACGCUUUUUUGUUACCUUGUUCAACCAUAGUGGCCAUCCCUACUAUACAAACUAUACUCUUUUUUUUUUUUAAAUCCCCAAAAAACAGAAACACUCUCAUGUGCCAAAGGAUCUCCCACCAGACACUAGUGACCAGAUGUAUAAAUGAUGCAUAAGCACAAUAUCUCUAACUCCAUCCUUUAUGUAGACGUACUCAUCAAAGUAAUUGCUGAGAUCUCAGAAAGAAACAACACUUAAACUGCUCCAACGGGGAAACAAACACAAUCAGACAGGCUGUUAACAAGCCAACAGUUCUGCACAGGCUGUAAACUAUGAUGGGUGGUCACAACGGACACAUUCUACUGUUCACUUUCAUUUCCUCCUCAGAUAAAUUGGACAUGCUUUGGGUUGAAUACCUGUGUGCUCGUAUCAUUGCUCAUGUUUGUUGCCUCGUUAGACCACAAUGUUAUCGCCUUCUGACAACAGUUACUUUGGUGAGUGUUAAAACUGAUAGAAUCGAUGACUUGAAAUUAAAACUCAAGUUGCAAUAAAUCUUAGUUUUCCUUUAAGUUGAACUACUAUUGUGUAAUAAAUUUGGUCAAUAUUUGUAUUGACAUUAGAGCAGUAUUCUUGCUGUAUUGAAGUUUUCAGUUUUCAUUUUAUGCUUUAUCAUGAUGAUAAAGAUGCACAGACAUCACUGUGUUUUACAGAUGUGAUGAAUUAAUACUAACAUGGGCACACCUGCAUAAACAACAGUUAGCCCCACCAGAUUCCUGGUUCAACUCUGGAAUUUGGUUCCAGUUGAACAGGAAUAUUGGUGAUAUUUUUCUUCUACCACACUGUUGUAUUCAAUCACAGAUCUAUUGUAUUGAUAUGCAAUCAAUUGAUCAAGGGCAUGUCUACAUCUGUUUACAGUAUGGCUAACUGGGAAUGACAAUUCUCCAAACGUGCACAAUUUCACAGUGACUUGAGAUUUAUAUAACAUUAUGCAUGUGUGUAUGCAUGGCAUAUAUUUUUUUAAAAAUUGAUAUUUGUCUGCAUUUUAGUCUUGAACCUACACAGAGUUUUAUACAUCUGGCCCCUGGUGUUGUAGAGCUCUAACUUUUUUUUAAUCAACUGACAUUUGUUUAGAUGGAAAUGUAUAUUAUAAUUUUCACCAAAGCUAUAUUAUCAUGAGAUUAGGAAAUUUAAAAUUACUGCUUAAGAACAUUUUCAAGCAGUCCCUAAAAGGACCCACACCCUCAUCAUCUUAUUUUAACCAUCAGUUGUCAUCAAAAACUAAACCAUAAAUACAGUAGUGAACUCUAAUGUAAUUCUAAUGCUAUUCCUCUUAAUUAUUUGAAUUUACCAACCACUGGGUCACUUUCAGUUUCAUUACUGUUUGUUCUCAUCAAAUCCUAUAAAUAAAAAUCAAUAAUUGAGCUCAUUUCUGCAACACAGAGGGUCUACUAACUCUACGGUACAACCUGUGACCUAAAGGUUCAUUUAGGAGAUGAGAAUCCAAAUGGGUUCAACUUCCCUUCAUGUGAAGGGGAAAAAAAUCCCUCCCACUUGAAAUGAUCCCUGCUGUGGGAACAUACAAUGAGAAUGAAGCAUGCUUAUUUAGUUUCACAUAGUAGUUUGCUGUGCACCACAGAAAGCACCAGCAUGAGGGAGGGAGGUUCAAGCUCUUUGAAUGUUUUAUUGAUUUAUUAAAGCCCCUGAAGUUGAUGAUUUCUUUGUGUUCUGACAUGAAUAAAUAUCUGUUAACAUGGAA